AUGGUGAAGACUAGAUUAUCUCAAAUAUGUGCUGGUGAAGUCAGGAAUGGCAGUGGGCAUGGCGGUGAUGAUCAGCUGGACAAAGAUAUGGAAAAACAAGUUACUCAGCACCAUUAUCAAGCUAUGAUUGAUAAAAGCCUUGGUCUUGCCAAAGACAGUGAUGGUAACGUGGAAAGUCCCCCUCUUGGUUCAACAGCCAAUAACCUUAAGCCCUGCGAGUGGGACCUGGCUAAUGAGCGUUCUUAUGUGGAUCUCAUCCCAGAUGUAACCUCAGCUGCCAGCAUGUUCAGUGAGGGAAUGGCUGGGAAGGGCAUUAGGAGGCAGAUCAGUAAGAGAAACAUGGCAGUUGCACCGAUUUCCUGGCCCAACCCGAUGAGGGCUAUUGGAGCUCAGAACCUUCUGACUAUGCCUGGAGGAGUCACCAUGGCUGGGUAUCUGCACAAGAAAGGAGGAAGCCAGUUCAGCUUAAUGAAAUGGCCUCUGCGCUACAUUAUAGUUCACAAAGGCUGUGUCUACUAUUUCAAGACCAGCACCUCUGCUACGCCACAGGGAGCAUUUUCACUUAAUGGUUACAACAGGGUCAUGCGAGCAUCAGAGGAAACAACGUCCAGCAACGUUUUCCCAUUUAAGAUCGUUCACUACAGCAAGAGACUCCGGACAUGGUAUUUCUCAGCCGCCAGUGAGGAAGAAAGAAGGAAAUGGAUGUGGUUUUUAAGGAAAGAGAUUAACCACUACAACAACAAGAAGGAUUUUCUAGACCUAAGUGAAUGUGACUCUGAAGAGAGUUUCUAUGAUCCAGUAGAAAGACCUCUGGACGUCAGUGAUGCCCCAGAAGAUCCUAAUUCAGAAUUUGUAGUGCAAGAUGAGGACAGUUACAGUGAGGACUAUCUUAUACCUGAUGGACCUCCAGGUCGGCCCAAGGCUCCCUCCUACCCGCCCCCACCUGUGCCCCCUAACGAUAAAGAAAUAGUAGUUUCCAAUUAUGUCAAGGGUCUUCCACCACCCCCUCCACCCAUCAGGACCCCCCCAAUUCCAAUCCACAGGCAACAAACCAUUCCUAUUCCAGGCCCCGGUAUCCCCUUAGACAACUUGAAAAAAGGGCCUCCUCCACAGCUACCUUCUCCUUUAAAAAAGCCAUUGUUGAGUCCAUUGCCUGCUUCUUCACCGGAGCGUCCAAAGAAACUUAUAAUAACAACUCUUCCAGCAUAUGACAGAAAACCUCCUUUUCCUGUGACUGUUAACAACCAAGCCACUCUGCCCAUCUGUCAGGACCUGGAGAAGAAAGUGGUUCUGAAAAGUGGUAAUAAAUUUAGUUCACAAACAUCACCUGGGGAGAAAAAACUCAACCCACCACCACCAUUGGGUUACAAGCCUGCUCCUCCCAACGUGCCCAAGCCUCCACUGCCAGGAACAAAAAAGCCAUCUCUACAAAGAUCUUCACCUGAUGGCCAAAGUUUCCGGUCCUCUGUGGAGGAGAACCCAUUAAAACAGAAAGGCAAAUCAAAAAACGAGGAUGAGGACUCGGAUGAUGAUUAUGAAAAUGUUCAAUUACCUGAUUCUGUCUUCAUCAACACCACAGAGACCAGCUUUGUAGAAAAGUUAUUUAAGGAGAUGCGCAACUCCCCACCGGACGGCCUUUACUGCAUCCGAAACUCAGGAACAAAGACCUCAAAGGUGAUAGUUGUAUGGGACGUCAGUCUGAACAAGGCCAGAAACUACCGCAUCUUUGAGGAGGAGGAAAAUGUGUUCCUGGACACAGAAGUGACCUUCCCGUCUUUGGCAGCUCUAGUGGAAUACUACCACAUCAACCCACUGCCCAACCAUGGCUCUCUGUGUCUACAACAGCCAUACGGAUACACACCACCCAGGUGACAUCAUCACCACCAUGGUGAUCCUCACAUCAUCAUCUCAUCGUAUCUACAGCUACAUGGUCUGGUUUUGACUUCCACUGCUGGUUACAGGAACCUCCAACAGCUGCUCCAGAUAUAAAGACACAGAUAAACAUGGAUUCUUGUGAUGUUAUGAACUGAUAUUAAACCAAAUCCUGUUGGAUUUUCACAGUUGUGCAGAUUGCACUCAACUGCUGUUGGUGAAAUGAGACUGUUAUUACCAGUUCAGCUACCUGGGCCAUAUUGCUGGGGGUUAUGUAGCUAUUCCUAGCCUUAAUUUUGCACAAAAAACUAUGCACAUAUAUACACAACAGGAGAGCAUUUGCCAUUUGGAAUCCAUGUCCAGAGGAAUAUGGCUUUGCAUUCUGUGUAAAAGCAAUGGCAUUCCUGUUUCUUUUAACAAUACUAUCAAUAGUGCUCCAUCUUAGGCUUUUGUUACACUGUAUGAAAUGAAGGCAUUCAGCCACACCCUGCUAACAGGUGGAACUUUGUGGAAGCAAACUUUUUUUGUUCCAGCUUGACUGUGCCAAUAAAGACAUGGCUUGACAAGUUUAGUGUUGAGGAAUCAAGUGGUCUGCUGACCUUGAUGAAUUGGAAUGUCAGCUGUGAGCCAGGCCUUCUCAUCCAGCAUCAGUGUUAAUUUUUCAGUUUGCACUUUAAAAUCCUCUGGAGAGCGUUCCCAAAAGAGAAGUGGUUGCUAUUGCAACUCCUUAUUAAUGUCAGUGGUUUAGGAACAGGAUGUUUAACUCUCUUAAAAGCUAAAGAUGAAUCGGCUGCUAUAGGUAAGUUGCCCCUUUGGUUGAAGUGAGUGAAUUCAUGAGUGUCUGUUGGCCAGCAGUAGUUUAGAAAUGAUAAAGCUGUUGAAAACUGAAUGCAAUUUUAAUAGCUACAGACAAACAUGAACUAACUGGAUCUCAGAGGCACAAAUGCAUGUCAUGACCCUUGUCUUUAACCUAUGAAUUAUGAGUUUUAGUUUUGCUUAGGUGCUAAGAGUUUUUUGUAUUUAACAAUGCAAUUUAAAAAGUGAGGUCACGCUGUGAAAAAAAGUUACAAAAAAGUUCUUCACUGAGUAAAAGGAGAUGAAAUUAACUUGCUUUUUAAAACUAAUAAAAAAUAAAACGCAAGUUACUUUUCAGUGGAGCCGGACUGUGUAUCAAAAUACUGAAUUCAUAACGCUGUUUAUUGUCUGUAUAGCACGUCCAGUCACUCGGCCCCACUGAGCAUGUUCAAACUUUUUGUAUAUAAAUAUGCUUUGUGUACACUUCUCCUGAUACUUUCUAAAUCAAAAUGUUCUUUCAGAUCAAUAUUAUAAACACUGCAAAAAAUGUUUUUAAAAAUGUACAGUUUUAUUUAAU